AUGAAAACUAUAGACGUACAAAAUCACUCCUACGAGGUACCCAUUCGACGAAUUUUGCACAUUUUUGAUUUGAAUCCGUUCUGUUUUUGUGAGGGGUAUCAGUUGCUGCUUGACUUCCUCCAUGAACUCAAUGAUUCGGUGCUGAACGUCAAAACUUGUGACGAUAUUAGUGUCAGCGAAAAUGCAAUCAAAGUUAUAGAAAUGUUGGAUAAAAUGAUGGCUUGGAUGGAACAAUUUCCACCAGAGGAGGAUAUGCAUCAGAGGUGA